CUAAAAGGACAGCUUCUACAGAGCUACGGGGGCAGUGACAAGUCAGCUAGGUUGCUUCACCGAGGCUCUUCAUCGGAGAACUUUAUUCAUACGACUGCGGAAUAAAAAAAACGAAAAAAAAAAAACGUCCAACCGCCGUGAUCCGGCGAGGCAGCAGCGGCCAACACAGGGACUUUAAAACAAAAGUCUUUUUUACUUUUGGUACGAGUUUGUUUAUUCAAACUCUGUUCGUCGGUGGACGAUAAGGCUCUGAAAGGACACUCGGUCGGUAAUAAUAAGUUAGUUGUUACAGGAUGGCUGAUACAACCGCGUCCAGCCCAGGUGCGAACUGCCUGGAGAAGCUGAAAAGUUACGUGAGGACCCCGAAAGGAUUUAUCCUCGCAGCAGAAAUAUUCAUCAGUUUAAUCAUCCUCAUCUGCUAUGCUGCGUCUCUGUACGGAGGCUACUCCGCUGUGGCCAUCUGUGAGAUGAUCUUCGCCAUGGUCUUCUUUGGGAUCUUCAUGAUGGAGAUGGAUAAGCAGAUCCAAGUGGUCAACUGGGUCUGGAGUGAUCUUUUCCGUGCUGGUAUUGGUGCUGUCCUUUACAUCAUCACUUCUCUGAUCUGUGUCAUUGGAGGAGGCGGGGACGGCGCUCGUAUCGCAGGCGGGGUAUUUGGUUUGAUCGCUGGUCUGUUGUUUGCCUAUGAUACCUACACCAUCUUCCUGCAAAUCAAGAGCACCAGGCAGCACACAGCAGCUUCCACCGAUGACAGAGUUUAAACACUCCCAGACACAUGUGCCUCUGUCAAGAACGCAGCAGAAGAACAAGAAGAGGACAUCUGUGCAGAAGUUAGGAGAGGGGUGGACGAUGGACAGUAAAAUGAACAGGUUUAAUCAAUGCCACUGUAUGGUAUGAACAGAUGAGAGAUUUGUUUUAGGGCCGCGCCUGAGAGGAGGAUGACAUAGCCAAAACGAGUGGUACUGCACAUAUGUGCCUGCAUGUCAGACAGAACCUUGUCUACUGCAUGAGGAAAUACCCGCAGAAACCUUUGGUCCAACAAUGUACCACUGAUUAAAAAGGGAAAACUGUAAAUAACAGGCAAUGUAAAAGUUCAGUUGAUGUUCUCAAGCAGCUUGUCUAAUACACGUCUACUGUUAAUGCACUGCUGUAUUAAGUAGUAACUGUGUCAUUUGAACUUAAGAAGUAACAGACACAUGAAUGGGUGCUUUUGGAAUUGUUUAACAUCAUAUUUAUGCUCUUCUUGAGUUUGAGUUCUGUAUUUCCAGUGAGGUCUCUCAGCGGGUUAAACAUUUCCUUCUCUGGUAUUUAAUCAUUGCUGUUUAGAGGCCUUCCUCUGUGUUACAGUGCCUUAAGGUUUCAUUCACAUUAACCAGUUCCUUCACCCUAUUCAGCUUUUAUUCCUCAGUACUAAACAUUUCAAGUUGCCUGCUGUCAUUGAUCAACAAUAUUUUGGCUGUUUUUGUUCUAAUCAGAGUUUAGUCUGCAUCACAAGGAGCCAUAGUAUAACCAUCAACCACCAGUUCAUUAUUUGAAUUAGCGUCAUCCUCCAGUUUUAUCUGUCUACUUUGAUUCUCGCUCAGGUUGUGUGUGUUUUUUUUUCUACAUUUGUAACACAUUUUUAAGGUGCAGGAUAUUUAUCUGUUGACACUUUUGACAGUCCAGUAGUACAGUUUUUUUUUCAUGUUUUUGAGUAUGUGGCAGAAAAAAAAUCAUUUCUAAAGAAAAAUAGUUAUUAAUAGAAAUUUUGUGAUUUGAAUAUCACAGUUUUGAUAUGUUCAGUAACUGCUUCCUUUUACCCUUUGGUGGUUACUUGUCCAACUAAAACAUUGCCUUAUUAUUAUUAUUAUUAUUAUUAUAAUUGCUAUUAUUAUUAUUUUCUAACAGGCUUUACAAGAGUCUGCAGUUUGUAAUUUCAAAAUUGAAAGCAGCCUUGUUUUGGAAAUAAAAGCCAUUGUUACUGCAAAGAAAAUCUGUUUUGUAGCUUAAAUUGUACACUAAUCUCCCAUAAUAUAAAAUCCUGCUGUUUAUUAAUGUCACCUUUACUCAACAAGAACUUCAUGUCUAGAUGUAUAUGGGCCAGCUUGUCUUCUAUCAGAUUGCCACUAGAUGGAGGCAUACUAUUACUAAUUUUCUUACAUGCAUUGUAAAAGGCUUCUGUGUCAUUAGUUACUGGGGGACUUAACAGUGAAAAAUGUCAACAUAGUUAUCUUUCAUGGUGCUGUCGGAGUUCAGAUAUGAUCAGGACUUACUUGGCUUUAACAUAGUUCUUGUCAGGAUCUUGACUGACUUUGCACAGCAUGCAUCUGUGACAUCUUCUGUUGAAGUUAUACGUGCUGUUGCCCUCUUUUCAUUUUGAGAUUACAUUGCGUUUAUAAAAAAAAAAAAAUCCUUUCCUACUUUGUUUUUAUCUGCGGCGCUACUGCAU